UCUGGAUAAAGUGACUGAUUUAUAUUGCAAUAUGUCAAACGCAUCCCUCCGGGCCAUCAUGCGGACUUUCGUUAUGAACCGGAGAUUUUAUAUCGCUGAAUAUAUUAACCAACAAUCCAGUUCGCAGAGUGCUCAGGACGCAAAUGGCGGCAAAGCGACGGCUCCUGCAGCCGAAAUGGAAAGAAGUUUGGCGCCUGGUUUGACCGAGACAAACGAGAGCAGUCCGGAUUCUGAAGAAUCAGUGAUUCCGCCGCCAUCUUCCUCUAUAACCGGAAUUGAAAAUUGUACGAGGAAUCAAAGGUUUCGUGAAAUCAAUCACGGAAAACAGUAACUAAAAUACUUACCAAGGAAACAGUUUACCAAGGAAACACAAAUACGAAAUCGAGACAAUGAUCAAAAACGACAAGCUGAAUGUGAUAUGUUCGAGGUUUCCCGAAUAUUUCCGGAGCCCAAACUCAACGAUUCCUGUGGAGAAUCUGGAUAAAGUGACUGAUUUAUAUUGCAAUAUGUCAAACGCAUCCCUCCGGGCCAUCAUGCGGACUUUCGUUAUGAACCGGAGAUUUUAUAUCGCUGAAUAUAUUAACCAACAAUCCAGUUCGCAGAGUGCUCAGGACGCAAAUGGCGGCAAAGCGACGGCUCCUGCAGCCGAAAUGGAAAGAAGUUUGGCGCCUGGUUUGACCGAGACAAACGAGAGCAGUCCGGAUUCUGAAGAAUCAGUAAUUUCGCUGUCUAGAUCGGAGGAGACAAACGAGAGCAGUCCGGAUUCUGAAGAAUCAGUGAUUCCGCCGCCAUCUUCCUCUAUAACCGGAAUUGAAAAUUGUACGAGGAAUCAAAGGUUUCGUGAAAUCAAUCACGCGAAACCGAAGGGUGGAAAAGAUGUUUUCCAAGAAAAUUACAUGCUGCUGCAUUUAACCCAAAAUACACUGAACUCCUCAAGGCUAUCAAUGCUGACGAACGGUGUUAUGCAGCCAUUUGUGAAGCGGGACGAUUUGAAAAGCCCCAAAAAGUCAGUCUGGAACUGAUAAAGCCGAUUG